CACAGUUAUCGUUAAAAACCAAGCAUACCAACGCGCUCGAAAAGUGUCAGCCGUUCUCGUUACCUCGUUCCCGAGCAUUUUCAAUGAUCCAAUCCAAAAAAAAAAAAAAAGUAUUAUAAUAUAUGACAACUUGUGAAUAAUUAAUGAAAUAAAUAACCACUUUUUCAAAUGUUUAAAUUAACGUGACGACGUAAAAAAAAUUACACGGUUUAAAUGAGGGUUGAAGCUGGAGUAAAUAUCCUUGAGAUGUAAAAUGUAAUUGGACUAAAAAAUAUUUUGCUAGUUCGUAGUUUGUAACAUUCGAGAUCGAGACGUCAGAAGGAGGGUGCUGGGUUUCUCCAUCGGCGGCCAUCUUGGGUCAUAGUCUGUGGUCUGUGCUUUGAUUUUGUUGUUGCUUUGGGCUCUUGGUUUCUUCGUUGAUGAUGAUUAUAGUUGUGCAGUGUUAUACUCUUGAUCAUCAAGGAUACUAUUUUAUUAAUUUGUGGCGAGGGAGCUGUCAGUCAAGUACCGCGAACUAAAUAAUUAUCAUAAAUUGCAAAUACAUAAUUAUUUAUAAAUUUAUCAUCAACAAUAAUAUUUUAGCAACGAUAGACAAUAAAUAUAAAAAUAAAAUUAUGACAUUGCUUCCUACUUCCUAGGGACUCGCAUUUACUUAAUACAGGCUCAGCAUAAAAAUAGAGGCAAGACAAUGGGUAUCAUAAAACUAAAAUGAGUAUCAAUAAGUAAUAAACAAGUGAUAAAUAAAAUAGAUGAGCUGAGAAUAGAUGAUGCUGAUGGUGAAACAAUGAGGUACUCUGCAGUGCAAGAGGAUGGCUAUGGAGUUGGAUUAAGGCAGGAGAUACAGCCAAACAACAACAACAACAAUAAUACAAAUAACAAUAAUGUAGAUGACAGUAUGAUGGCAGCCACUGGUGAAGUUGAACCAGUCGGCGAAAGUGCUGCAGAUGACUGUUCUAUGGUUUACAAUCUGCCUCUACUUUUCGCAAACGGUUAUCCCACUUCAUUAGAAAAAAUAACAUUGCCACAGCUGGAGAAGUUCAUAACGUUCAUGACCCAGUGUUCAUUUGGUAAUAACACAACUCAGGUAAUAAAUAAACCUGCGUGGUGGCCAGCGGAAGUUGACUUUUCAAUUCCUUUGAAACGACCGAAAAAAUCCGGCGAUAGCUGGAUGAGAUGUUUGAGGAGAGUCGUGCUACAAUGUUACUCUUUUCAUCAAAGCGAAUACUUGCUACGUUUUUGCUCAUAUCUCGCCCAGUAUCCACAGGCGAAGCUUUACUAUGUCAACAACUGGGACUCGACAACCAGCCUCCAUCACCGGAGUACUGGCAAGUUGUUGGCGACAUUCCGAAACGAGAAUAUGGACUAUGAUAAAGUUAUUGAAACAAACCGGAAAUCGUUGCUGCCAAUAAAUAAUGCCAGUUCCAACUCCACCGCGAAGCGUAAAAAGACGCAGCAGAGGAAUCAUCGAGAAUCCCCGUCCUCCCUGGUUCUCAUUCAGCCACAAAUGGAAGAGAUCUAUUUGUGUGACAAUUGUGACGCUGAGUUCGGAGAUUUUAAACAGAUGAAGGAUCAUGAAAAAACAUGCGGGGAGACAGUUAAGACAGUACAGCAAGAGAGCAGUACCUGCUGGCGGCCAAUGACUCCCGAAAUCGAAGCUGAGCCAGAAUUAAGCCAAAAUCAAUUUAUGGAGUACUUUAAUUUAUCAACACCCAACCAACAACUUCCUAAAUCAGCCACCAAUCCAUCAUCGAUUCCAGCCAUAAGUAUCGAGACUGAGCCAUCAAGAAGUUCACGACGUAUGAAACCAGCAGCUAACCUGUGCCGUUCAUCAACGAUUCCAUUCUCCUCGCCGGCUGGUUUAGCUCUGGUUAAAAAAUCUAAGGGAAUGAAUGAGGCUACCAAACGUGACCGUAUCGAUAGGAUAGAGUGGCACUUGAGUGCGCCAGUACUCAGUAAAACCAAUAGACCCAAGUGGUUCGGUAAAUUUUCAUCGUCUGGUAGGUGGGUCGUCACUUACAAACCCAAUGUCAAUAAAGAAAAUCCACCAGCAGAUGAUUACGUACAUCAAUACACCUUUGGCGCAGUCAAACGCAAACCUCCACUCGAUCUACGUUCGCAAAUUCUUUACAUUGCCUGCGGUUCUCCUUUCGUAAAACUGGACCGGCUUACAAACGAACAAAUCCAAGAUUUAAAAGAACAUCCAUCAAAAUAUCAAGCCCCAGUUCGUAAAAUACGGCAUAGAAUACGACCGCGUUUAAUUAUGAGAAUAAGUGGAAAGUCGACAGGACAAAAACGACAAUACUCGAGUAGGUUAACAGAAGUGAUGCCAAUCAUGGACAAGGAUCCAGAACAGAACAAAAUAAAAACCGGAACUUUGAAACGCGGAUACACACCGAAUUUCCGUUCACGACCGUCAGUAACGUCGAUCACCAGGAUUACGCCUUCAAACCCGACGACUGUCGAACCACAGCAGAAGACUAUCGUCAUAGUCGACCUCUGCUCGUCAGAUGAAGAAGACAGUCCAAGUAAUUGUGUGAUACUAUCAGAUGAAAAUCGUGAUCCGCUUAACAGUACGUGCGAUAAUAUUCGUACGAGUAAUAGUUACAUUAAAAAUAUCGGUCUUCAGCCAAUGAACGACCGGUUACGAGACAGUGUCCUCACUGACGACAACGACAAGAGCUGUAAUAAACGACUGGCCAAUGGUGUAAUCGAUACUUUUUCACCGAUUCUAAAGCCAACUCCUUGAAUUAACCGGAUAUUAAAUAAUCAAUUAAAUUAAAUUUGUUCAAUUUAAUUGACAUUGAAAGAUUUAAAGAUUUUAAAUAUUGCUACCAUGAACCGGUAACACAUUCACAUCUUAUUUCUAUAGACGUGUUAAGUUUAAGUAUUUUUAUAUAUAUAUAUCACGUCAAUUUUGUUGUACAAAUCAAGAUGAUUAGUGGGCCAAAUAAAAGGAAAAAUAUCUAAUGGCAUUAAAUGUAUCAACUAUGUCAAGUAAUGUCGAUCGAUAUAUAAAAAAAAAGAAGAUAAAAUAUAGACUGUUUCGUUUGGUAUAUAUAUUUAUAUUUUUAAUCAAUUAAACGUUUUUUUUUAUGUUUAAAAUUAUUAUAUAUGAAAAAUAAAAUGUAAAACUAAGAGAACUAACGCAGACGAACUAAAAAAAUGAUAAAAAAAAUAAUUUCAUAAAAUUUUUUCUAUCUUAUUUAAAGUCUUUUGUAAACAUUGUAAUAGUUUAUAAUUUAUUUAAAGUAAUUAACUACAAUAAAAUAUCGUUAAGUAUAAAAUAGUGAGUAAGU